AUGGCUUUGAAACUUGAUAUAAGUAAGGCAUAUGACAGGAUUGAAUGGGAGUUUCUUAAGGCUGUCAUGGUGAAAAUGGGCUUUGAUAAAAAUUGGAUUGCAGUCAUUAUGAGGUGUGUUGCCACUGUCACAUAUUCACAUGGAGAAGCUUUAGGAGCCAUUACAGGGGUUCCUUUGGGGAGGAACCAUUUGCAGGCCAAUUGCUUGGAGUGGAGUAGGUUAUUUCACUUGCUUGAGCUGUAUGAGCAUGCCAGUGGACAGAGACUUAACAAAGAUAAAACAUCAAUCAGUUUCAACAAGAAUACAAGAGGAGAGGCUCGAGAUUUGAUUCUUCAGAUUGCUGGUAUCCAAUCCUCUCAGCCUUAUGAGAAGUAUUUGGGACUACCAUCUUUGAUUGGGAGGUCCAAAACAAAAGGUUUCAAAUGUAUUUUGGACAAGGCAAUUCCCACUUAUAGUAUGGGUGUUUUUAAAAUACCUAAAGCCAAUUUGAGAGAGCUCAACAGAUUGAUGAAACAGUAUUGGUGGGGGCAGAAAGCUGAGGAGAGCAAGAUUAAUUGGUGUUCCUGGGAGAAAAUGGCUAAAGCAAAAGCUUGUGGGGGACUUAGAUUUAGGGACUUAGAGAGUUUCAACCUUGCAAUGCUUGCCAAGCAAGGUUGGAGACUUCUUCAGUCUCCUAAUUCAUUGGUAGCUAGGGUGCUAUCUGCUAAGUAUUUUCCAAAUGGUGAUUUCUUGGGAGUAGGUUUGACUAGAAAUCCUUCUCAGAUUUGGAGAAGUAUAAUGGCUGCAAAACCACUACUUGAUGAGGGACUCUUCUGGCAUAUUGGCAAUGGUUGCAGCACUAGGAUCUGGCUUCAUAAAUGGUUGCCAAUUCCAAACUCUUAUUAG